AUGCAUAUUGAUCGUAGUUCAACAAUUUGGAGGCUUUCAAUUGGGCGCGAGGCUGACAUUUUACAUCUUCCAUCACCUCUCAUUGGCUCUCCACCAACUGGUCGUCCAAAAUUUCUCCAGAACUUCGAGCCUCGUUACAUUUCAUCUCCCACCAACCCACCACCAGCAAUCAUAAUGUUCUGCACUCGGUGUCUGCGCGCCACCUCCUUGCGGCGCUCGCAGCCGAUUCUUCGACAGUUUUCGACAACGACAACUUUCCGUUCCGCCGAACCUCAACUUUCGACUCCCGUUACAGCGCUCGGUGAGGCACAGAAGGAUGUCCCUGCUGCACGAUCAUCAUGUGCACCUGGAACUGUUCUUAAUGGCUUAAACUAUAAAAAGGGUGGGCAGGACCCUGUCGCAAAGAAUGAUGAUGAGUACCCAGAAUGGCUGUGGUCUUGCUUGGAAGUCUUGAAGAAGAGUGCCGAUUCGGCGGAUGCCGAUGCUGGCGACGAAUUCUCCAAGUCAAAGAAGCAAAGAAAACUGGCAGCCAAGCGUCAAAAGACCCUCGAGGCCAAGCUGUUGGCUGAGGGUAAUCUUGAGGCUCUGGCCCCUAAGAUUCCUCUUCAACGCCAGUCUAUUAAUAUCCUCGGAGAGGAGAAUCGAGGAGUCGAACAUAACAUUGAGGCCGCGCAAAAGCGAGAGGAACUUAAGAAGGCCAUGCGAAAGGAGAGAAGGGCCAAGAUCAAGGAAACCAACUACCUCAAGUCUAUGUAA